UCCCCCCCCCCCCCCCUCUCUAUCUCCAUCUCUCUCCCUGUUCAUAAACCCUAACUUCCUCAUAAUUUCCUUCCCCGACAUGGACGAACAAAAGGACGAAAUCGUCGACGAGUUCACAACCGACGAUUCGAGCUGGGCAGCGCUCGGAGGAGGCUGCGAUUCCGACGGCGCUUACUUCUUCGGCGGCGUCGGGAAGGACGACGACAGCAACGUACUCGGCGACUUCGGCUGGAGUUUCCAGGCGGAUCACGGCAGGAUCGGAUCUGAUUUUGCGGGAAACUGCUGCAGCGACAGACGUCGUCGAGCUCCGAUGACGACGCGCCGGAGAAGUCCACCGCAUCCGGUGGAUCGAGAUCGCGGCCGCCUGCAGAAUCAGCAUGCAAAGGGAAGAAGAAGGGGCAGGCGGAUGAGACAACCUCGCUUUGCCUUCAUGACUAAAAGCGAAGUCGAUCAUCUUGAAGAUGGCUAUAGGUGGCGGAAAUAUGGCCAAAAAGCUGUUAAAAACAGCCCCUUUCCCAGAAGUUACUACCGUUGCACGAAUACAAAAUGCACCGUGAAGAAAAGAGUGGAGCGGUCAUCGGAAGACCCGACGGUUGUGAUCACAACGUACGAAGGGCAACACUGCCACCACGCCGUGGGGUACCCCAGAUGCGGCGCCGCCGGAGGAUUUAUGGGCGACCCGGCGGCGGGAUAUGUGGGCCACCCAUACACGUUGAACUCGCAGUUCUACCUCCCAACUGGGCUCCACCAACAAUUCCCUCAAGAUGGGCCGUCCUCUCUGGGCAUGUUGUCGCAUCAGAACCGGCCCGACAGUAAUAGUAGUGACAAUGGGGAGCCCAAUCCGGAUUCGUUCUUAUUGGGCCAUGACCCGCCACCACCCGAUGAAGGCCUGCUUGGGGAUAUGGUGCCGCCUGGAAUGCGAAACAAGUGAAAACUUUUACUUUUACUCCGUAAAACUCCGUAUGAAGGUACAGUCAUACCCAUGUAUUGUAUGAUAAGAUUUUUUUUUGAAGAACUAUAGUAAAAAAAUUCCUUAGAUUAAAAUGCCUUAAUCUAGAGUUAAAUAUAUAAAAGUUACCAAAUAGUAGUAUUUAACAUAACGUAUGAUUAUUUGAGUUAAUGUAAAGUAUAAAAAAUACUCUAAGAGUUAAUGAAAAUUUCAAAAAAUG